CUCCCACCCACCGUUUUUCACUUUUCAGUUUUCUCUCUCACAAACACACUCCACUUCUCUUCUCGCCGUCGAUCUCACGCGCUGCCGCGCAUGGCCGAAUCCCACAGAACCCGACCCUCCCGCCGGCAGCCCAGCCGCCUGCAGAGCCGCGCCCCGUCGUCGCUCCAGAUAAACCGCACCGUCGAGUGGAACGUCGCGAUCCCGCUGCUGUCCCCGCUGGUCUCGUCGCCCCCUCCGCCGCCGCAGAAGGACGAGCCGCCACCGCCGCAGCAACAACGCCCGCCGGAAAAAGUUGUCUUCAAAAAGUGGCAGCACCCCGCCGCACCGUUUUGCUACGAACCACCUUCGCUGGUUCCUCCUUUCGUUAACGUGUAAAUAAUAAAUAAAAAAAUGAAGAAAAAUUAUGAAUAUUUCUUCUAACAUCUUUUGUUCAUUUUCAUUUUCACUUUUUUUUUUACACAUAAUAUACCCUUAUCGUAAGUAAUAAGAGUAAGACCCAGUAUUUUUUUUUAA